AUGUUUGCAUUAAUUGCAAAAAAUUAUGAAGUUGUUCAAUGGAUGGCUUCGAAAAGAUGUGGUGUGAAUGAUUUAAAUUUCCGUGGAUAUACUCCACUAAUGAUUUCUAUUGAAAGUCUUGACCAAACAGGGUUUGAUAUUUUAAUUCAAUUUUCUGACAUCCAUACAAAAAAUUCACAAGAUGGAUGCACUGCAUUACAUAUAGCUGCUUUAGUUGGGAAUUUAUAUAUGAUUAAAAAACUCAUUGAAAAAGGAUUAAAGGAUGAACCAGAUAAUUAUCAAAGAACACCAUCUUAUAUAGCUGAACAAAUGGGCUUUUCCGAAGCUGCAAAUUUUAUUAAGAACUCAUCGGAAGAUAGUUCGUUGGAGAUGGAGUUGGGCCUUUCAUCUGAAGAAUCAAAUAAUAAAAUACAACAACCAUUUGAUUUAAGCCCACUUGCAAUUGAUAAUACUUCUAAUAAUUCAAUUCCUCUUAUUGAAGAUGGCAAUAUAUUUGUUAAAAAUGCACCACCUAUUGAAGAGUUAUUAAUUGAUGACUAUCAAUCGACAACUUUUUUCGGACAACAGAGCGACUCCCCAAUACCUUCCUUAUCAGACCACAAUAUACAACUCGGUUUUGCUCCAACAGAUUUGUCAAUUCAGCAAGAACUGCCUCAAUUUGAUGUGUCAUUUCAUAAAGAUCUGCCUCCAAUGGAUGCAUCAUUGAAUGGAGAACUUCCUCCAAUUGAUGCAUCGUUAACUGGAUGUCUCCCACCAAUCGAUUCCAAUCAAACAGAACUUCCACCAAUUGAAUCUAAUCAGCAAACAGAACUUCCUCCAAUUGAUACAUCGUUAAACGGAGAACUUCCACCAAUUGAAUCUAAUCAAACAGAACUUCCUCCAAUUGAAUCUAAUCAAACAGAACUUCCACCAAUUGAAUCUAAUCAAACAGAACUUCCUCCAAUUGAAUCUAAUCAAACAGAACUUCCUCCAAUUGAAUCUAAUCAGCAAAAAGAACUCCCUCCAAUUGAUACAUCAUUAAAUGUUGAUCUUCCUCCGAUCGAUUCCAAUCAACAAACAGAACUUCCUCCAAUUGAAUCUGAUCAGCAAACUGAACUCCCACUAAUUGAUGCAUCAUUAACUGGAGAACUUCCACCUAUUGAUGCAUCAUUAAAUGGAGAUCUUCCUCCAAUUGAAUCUAAUCAACAAACAGAACUUCCACCUAUUGAUGCAUCAUUAAAUGGAGAUCUUCCUCCAAUUGAAUCUAAUCAACAAACAGAACUUCCUCCAAUUGAAUCUGAUCAGCAAACUGAACUCCCACUAAUUGAUGCAUCAUUAACCGGAGAACUUCCACCUAUUGAUGCAUCAUUAAAUGUUGAUCUUCCUCCAAUUGAAUCUGAUCAGCAAACUGAACUCCCACUAAUUGAUGCAUCAUUAACUGGAGAACUUCCACCUAUUGAUGCAUCAUUAAAUGUUGAUCUUCCUCCGAUCGAUUCCAACCAACAAACAGAACUUCCACCAAUUGAUGCAUCAUUAACUGGAAGUCUCCCACCAAUUGAAUCUAAUCAAACAGAACUUCCUCCAAUUGAAUCUAAUCAACAAAUAGAACUCCCUCCAAUUGAUACAUCAUUAAAUGUUGAUCUUCCUCCGAUCGAUUCCAAUCAACAAACAGAACUUCCACCAAUUGAUGCAUCAUUAACUGGAAGUCUCCCACCAAUUGAAUCUAAUCAAACAGAACUUCCUCCAAUCGAUUCUAAUCAACAAACUCUACUUCCUCCAAUCGAUUCCAAUCAGCAAUCAGAACUUCCUCAAAUUGAAACAUCAUUGAAGGGAGAACUUCAACCAAUUGAAUCUAAUCAACAUACAGAUCUUUCUCCAACCGAUUCCAAACAACAAAUAGAACUUCCACCAAUCGAUGCAUCAUUGAAUGGAGAACUUCCUCCAAUUGAUAGUAAACAGAAAACAGAGCUUGUUCCAUGUAAAAAUGAAGAAGAAAAGGAACUUCCCCACCAUGGUGCGUCAUUAGCUGGAGAUCUCUCUCUAAUUGAAAAACCACUGAAUGGAGAUCUUCCGCCAAUUGAAUCUAAUCAACAAAUAGAACUUCCUCCAAUUGAAACAUCAUUGAAUGGGGAACUUCCUUCGAUUGAUAUCAAACAACAAGUGGAGCUACAAUCUACAGAAAAUGAAGUUGUUCCUUCAAUUGAUUCUAAUCAACAAACAGAACUUCCACCAAUUGAAACAUCAUUGAAGGGAGAACCUCCUUCGGUUGUUAUCUCUUCAGAAAAAGAACACCUUCCAAUUGAUAUUAAUCAACAAUCUGAGCUUACUCCAAUUGAAAUGCCUGUGAAUCAAGAGCUUCCUCCAAUCGUUAAUAAUCAACAAACAGAACUUUCUCCACUUGAUAUAUCUUUAAAUGGAAAAAAUCCUCCAAUUGAUAAUAAUCAUCAAGCUGAUAGUCCUCCUAUUGAAGCCAAUGUUAAUAAAGAACUUCCUCAAAUUGAAGCAUCCUCGAACGAAGAACUUCCUCCAAUUGAUAAUAUACAACAUGCAGAAUGUCAUCCUAAUGAAGUGUCACUUGAACAAGAACUUCUUCCAAUAAGCAACAAUCAGCAAAUUAAUCUUCCUACAAAUCAGAUUUCUGAACAAAAAGAUCCACUUCCUAAUGAUUCUAAUUCUGCUUGCUCCUCGAAUUCAGAAAUUCCUACAUCAUCCCCUGAUAAUACCCCUAACCAAAGUCUACAACGUGAAGUUCAGCAAAAUAUCACAAAUUCUAUUUCAAAUUAUUCCCAGAUUAAACAAAAAGAUAUCAAUAUUGAUUCACAAAUCAGCGAGAAAAUUCCCCAAGAAAGCUCUGAAAUUAAUAACUCUUCAGAUAAGAUUCAUCAGCAACCUAUCAUUGAUGCAAAAAUAAAUCAUGAUUCAUCUCAAUCUGAUAAAGCUUCCUACUUAAGUGAACUAGUCAAUAAUAAGAAAAAGAUCGAAUUUGAUUCUUCAUCUCAAAACGAAGAUGUUUCAGAUACAAUUUCAUAUAGUGACAUAUCACAACCACCAACUAAAAUUAUUGAUCCAGUUCAAAGAGAAUAUUUAAAGAAACAAAUUGUGUUUGUAAUUGAAAACAAACAAUUCGAUCAAUAUUAUGAUUUCCUCCGAGGCAAUGUUUCGGAAUUUGCCUUCGCCGCAUUCGAACUUGGAAGCUCUGAAGCCCUUAAAAUUUUGUAUAAUAUAGGAUAUCCAAUAAACAUAAAGAACCAAGAUAAUGAAACGUUGUUGCAUGCUGCAUCAAAGAAUAAUAGAACUCAAUUAGUUACUGCCUUAUUAGCAUUAGGAAUAGAUGUUAAUGUUCGUUCUAAUGAAAACAAAUCAGCUCUUUAUUUAGCAAUUGAACAUGGUAAUGUAGAAAUUACAAAAUUACUUCUUGAAAAUGGAGCUAGGAUAUCAGAAAAUGGAAUGUCCGAGCUUGAUCUUGCUAUGAAUAAUAGAGGUAAAUGUAAGAAAGAAAAUGAAAUUUGGUUUAUUAUGAGAAAACAUUUCAAUAUAGUAUCAUCAGUUUCAUCUGAAGAGAUUUUGACUUUUCUCAAAAGUGGUGAUGAAAACUAUUUGAUUCAAUCAGUCGAAAAUGGUUUGAUGCAAUUGGAUGCAAAAGACGAAGAUGAUAAUACUUUAUUGCAUUGGUCAGCAGCUGCUGGUCUUUCUAAAUUAUCAAACUAUUUGAUUGAGCAUGAAGCAGAUAUUAAUACUCAAAAUUCAAUGAAGAAAACACCUCUUCAUUUUGCUGCACUCAAAAAUAUGAUUGAAACAGCAAAAUUACUCAUCAACAAAUAUGCACAACUUAUUGCAGAUUCAAAUGGAGAUUCGCCAAUCGAAUAUGCCAAGAAAGAAGAAAUGAAACAAUUAUUAAUGAACUAUGGAAAGAAGCUUUUAUAUUCUAUGCUUAAUGAUCACAAGAACCUAAAGAAAUUGCUCAAUACAAGUAAGACAUUGAGAAGCGAGUAUCAAAAUCAAAUUUUAUGUGAAGUUAUUAAAAGUAAGUUUGAAAAAUCUGUCUUAAUGCUCCUUAAAAACAAUGCGAAUGUUAACUUUAGAGACCAAUUAUCUAGUAACAACACAAUACUUCAUUUGGCUGUUUUAUCAAACAAUGAAACAAUUUGUAAGAUUGUUUUGAAGUAUCAUCCACUUAUUCUUACAAAUUCUGACGGAAAAUAUCCUCAAGAUUUGUGCAAGAAUGAAGAAAUUACAAAAAUUAUUAAGCAUGAAUAUAAGAAACAAGUAACAAACUUAGAUAAAAUCAUUAAGCAAGAUGAUUCAGAGCAGCUAAAUGAGUUACUAUCCAAAGGAUUUGAUCCGGAAUUUGCAAUGAAUGGAUUCCAUUUGAUUCAUAUUGCAACUUCAGUUGGUGCCACAAAAUGCGUAGUUGUUUUGUGUCAGAAUGGAGCAAAGAAUUCAAAGACUAAGAAAGGAGAUACUGCUGUUGAAAUUGCUGUUUCAUUUAACCAAAUUGAAAUAUUUGAAACUUUGAUUCGUGCUGGAUUUAAACCACAUAAAAUUCCAAAAUUAUAUGAAAGAACAAAAGAUGAAAACAUGAAGAAGAUGAUUGACUUAUACAAGGACUUUUAUACAGCGAUUAAGUAUCUUGAUGAUGAAAAGUCAUUUGAGGAAACAUUCGAAAAGAAAAAGGAAUUCUUAACAAAAUUUGGAGGGCUAUUAUUGAUGAAAGCUGUGGAAAGCAAAGCAGAAAACGCAGUUAAAUACUUGCUACAAAACAAUAUUGAUCCUAAAUAUGUCGAUAUCUACGGUAAUUCGCCAGUUCAUUAUGCUGCACUUUCCGGAAAUGAAGCAAUUAUCAAAAUACUAGCUCAAUACAAGGCUGAUAUGAAUUGUCAAAAUAGAAAAGGAGUUUUUCCGUUGGUAAAAGCAGUCCAAAAGAGAAAUAUUCCAGUCAUAUCUCUUCUCAUUUCCCUUGGAGCUAGUAGUAAACUCCAAUUCGAAGGAGAUUCUUUAAUUCAAUAUGCAACAAAACUUGGAUUUGAUGAUGUCGUAGAUUUACUUAAGAAUAUUAAUUAA